GCUGUGAUUGUUGGCGUUCACGCGCGCAUUUCACAAAUUAUUAAGAUUUAGUCUUAUUGCUUAUUAUUUAGAAUUUGCCAAAAUGCAGUGUCCCAGCAGUCCCAUAUAUAAUACAAGUGUUGAACAAAAACGGCAUGCGCAAAGUGUUGCCAGACAACAACGUCUAGGCAUGCCAAAGCUGCGAGAGCUGUUAAGAGAGAAAUGCCGCAUUCGCAUUUUGAAUGCACGCAAGGACUGCGUCGAUGGAAAUCGUAAAGUGCAACUGUCGGAGCUUGAAGCCAUUUUACGAUUAGAGCUGAAAGAAUUGGAUCAAGACUUGGAAUUGGAGCAACAUGUCUAUGAGGAGCUGCUCUCUGAUGUCAAUGAAUGGUAUGCCCUUCAAGAACAGCACUUGGAAGCACUGUACAUUGAGCCGGACACCGAUCCCAAAGAUCUUGACUUGAUUUGUCCUGUGUGCUUGAUAAAAUCGUUGCAACGCUUUAAAUCUCUUUACACAUGCAAAUGUGGUGCACGAUUUGAGCAUGCAGCCGAUAAGAUACAAUUGCAGCAAUUGAUUAAACAGAAAGUGAACGACCACGAAUUAAGCUGCACCCAGGCGCUCCGGUUCUUCAUAGAAUCACAGCCCACGGGCAACCUCUUAUUUGCCAUUUGUGGCAGCUGUGAUUUUUGUUGCUCAAUUUAAAUAGCUACAACUCUUAUUGUGCUGGCUGCGACCAGUUUUAAAAU